UCCCUCAGCAAGUGAACAGUGUGCAACAUAUUAAGGUGUUCAGAUAAAUACCUUCAGGAUUACUUGUGCGAGGAAGAAACUUAUUUGCGGGUUAUCGCGCAAAAUGAUUAGUAUUUGUGCUUAGUUAACAAUUACUGGAUUAUUGGGAAUGCACGACGAAGAAUAAUCUAAACAUUUAGUAGAAACUUAAAGGUCUCCAGAGCACGGAGAACAUCGCCUUCACAGCUAAUCCUUCUCAACGAACUUAUCCUUGGGGACAUGGCUGAUAAAACACCACCUUACAUUUCGGAAGAUUGCCUUCCCGUGGAGGAAGAGAGUGGUCUCCGAUCUCAAGUUGUGCGAACGAACUCAUUCUUCCGCCAGUCUCUACUGCGGGAAGUGUCAGAGAAUUCAUUGAUUUUGCUUCCCAGUGCAAAGAUCUCAAAUGAAGAUUUAACCAAAUGUAACAGUUACUCUUCCGAAUCGAAAGAAAAUUCGAACGUGACGUCGGACUCGCUAUUCAAGCUAAUAAGGCGAUGCAGUGGCAUGGAGAUGACUUCAGUAUCUGGAAAUAUGCUUAAUGAGCAGAUAGUCAAAAUGCCUAGCAAUCUGCCUACAGAUAUUUCUUUAGAGGAAACGUCAAGGGAAACGGCGCCUGAACUAUCGAAUGCAACCAUUUCCGCCAAAGAAGUGGAGAUUCUAUCAAGUCAAGCCCCGUCUAAAGAAUUCUCUCUUAAGAGGUCCAGGAACCUGUCAAGUGAAGGAGAAUCUAAAGCUUCAUUAGAAAAGAGAGCUAGGGUCUCAACAGAGGACGUUGGUACAGCAGAACAGGGAAAGGGAAGCUGCAUUAUUUCACCGCCUAUGUCACCAAUUACACAAGACAUGCUAAUUGAGGCUUCAUCAGAAGGAACUAUGACAGGAACAAAAGUAGAAUCCGGGCUCUCACAUGAAGAUAAGUCAGAAAGUCAAGCAGCAGAGAAAGAGGUAGUGAUAUCUGAGGCCAUAAUGACCAGUGAAAAAUCCACGGAUGCUCCAACUACAGGGUCUGAUAAAAUGUCUCAGAGUUGGUUAUCUGUACUAAAUCAGCUGCAGAAUACAUCCUCAGUGACUCUUGAUGAAGAAAAAACUUCAGAAGAUAAAUAUUCUGAAGGUGACAGAUGUCCAAUUUGUGGAAAAACAAAUUGCCCUUUAGAUCCUAAACGGGCAUCUGAAGUAAACCCUAUUUCUAUGCCCCAAAAGUCACUUAUUGGGAAACUAAAGUCUCCACGAAAGUCAAAGCAAACCAAGCCGAAUGUUAUGAUGGGGAAGAGGACGAAGACUCCUUCGAAACGUUACAUUAAUACCCGAAGUUCAACAAACCGACUGACUAAACGCAUCGCUAAUCACAAAACACUUCACGUCUUCAAGUUAAAGGGACAGCUCUUCAAAGCGGUGGAAGAUGGAGAUAUAGCUAGAGUGCAGGAACUAAUACAAGAUACAGGAUCAGCAGUGAGGAUAAACAAGACAAGAUGCACACUCCUUCAUGCUGCAUCGUCUCACAACCAACCGGAUGUGGUGAUGUUUCUGCUGAAAUUUAUCAGUCCAAAUGUUACAAACAAAUAUGGACAGACUCCAGCUCAUAUGGCCGCUGAAAAGGGUCACACACAAGUGCUGAAACUUUUAGCGUGUGACUCUGAUUUUGAAGCCGACAAACAGGAUAAUCAUCAUAACACAGUAAAAUCCCUGCUUGGUGGCCAUCUGUUCAAGGCAAUAUUAGAAGGAAAGAAGAAAGAAGCAGAAAAGCUUGUGGAACUUGGUGCAGAUCCAGACAGUCACGGUGGAAAGCUGGUGAACGGGCUGUUGGCACGAGAUCUUGGAGUCACUACACCACGCCUCUUGGCCAAUGCCCUAAAUACGGAAUGGGCUAUUACCAUGUUUGCAAAGAAAGCAAGAAAUGAUAAGAGAACUGAUGAAAAUAGCUUUCUAACAUCAGCCGCCUCAAACUCGAUACAACUUAAAGUGACCACACGACAGUUUCACGUGAGACAUGCAACGGCAAUGCAAGGAGGUACUGAUGUGUACAAGAUGGACAAAGAGUCACGAGGUUUUGUUCGCAUCUUGGACUUCAGUUCUUUUAAGGACAGAUCCGACCUGAACCUUCAGCAACUCGACUACGAUGCUCGCAUUAUGUCAGAUGUAUUUGACAAAAUGGGAUACGUGUGUAAAACACACUCGUCACCCACGGCUCAGCAAACGAAGGAAGUCUUUAAAAAUAUUCGGAAUGCUGAUGAGCUGACAGACGUCGGAUGUGCUAUAUUUGUCAUUUCUGGUUAUAGUAUAAAUGGCAGGAAGAUUCUUACGUCUGACAUGAAAUCUGUAGAUAUCGACUACAUCUUAAAUCUCUUCAAAGAUUCCCAAUGUCCUCAACUCAAAAACAAACCCAAACUCUUCAUCUUUAACUUGUACAACCUGAGUGAAGUUAUCACGACUUCAAACAGUGAAACUUUUAAAGUGAAGAGGUUGACAGAUCCCCUUAAUGACAUGGCUUGUAUCUAUUCCAACAACAUUGGUCUCAACUGCAUCCCGAAUGGGAAAGGAACAGCCUUCAACUGGUGUUUGUGUCGCACUUUGGCAAAUCAUGCUGCUGACCAGGAACUUUGUGAUUUUUACAGAGAAUUCCUGAAAGAGUACAAUGAGAGCUCUCCUAGUUUCUCACCUGAAUUGAGGUACUUUGGCUUCACUAAGAAAUUUUUCUUUAAUCCUUUGUAAAUUUAAUGAGAUCCUCUAUGAAGCAAGUUUUUAUCUGAUUUAUACACCAUUAAUUCAAGAGAUUUGCAAUGGCAUGUUAAUUGAGGUACUUAAAUUUUAAUUAUUAUUUAAAGAAAAUUUCUAGGCAAACACUGAUGUUAUUUCGAUAAAGAACUCGGAACAAAAUUUUUGAGCUGCAUCUCUUAUUUUGUGAAUUUCUAUAUUCACAUACCUU